AUGGGCAGCAUACAAGACAAGCCAAAUCAUCAAGAAGUUGACAACCCUAUCAUGUCUAGAAGCCACUUCAAUUUUCUUAACGUCAUCGGACGUGGAGGUUUCGGCAGGGUUUGGAAAGUAGAGCUCAAAAAGGGUAAGAAAGUCUAUGCAAUGAAGGAGAUGCUUAAAUUGAGAGUGGUCAGUAAAAGAAGUGUUUCUUCUGUCAUGAAUGAGCGACGACUUCUCUCAAUGAUAAAACACCCCUUCAUGGUAAAUAUGCAGUAUGCAUUUCAAGACAGAGACAACCUUUAUCUUGCAAUGGACCUCAUGACAGGUGGAGACCUACGCUAUCACUUGGGAAGAAAUAAGAGGUUCAAUGAAGAACAAACGAGGUUCUUCGUGGCGUGCAUCAUAACUGGGCUUGAAUACCUCCAUAUAAAUGGAAUUAUUCACAGGGAUAUCAAGCCUGAAAAUUUAGUUUUCGACCAUAAGGGGUAUCUAAGGAUAACUGACUUUGGGAUUUCAAAAGUAAUAACACCUGAGAAUUAUAGAGACACAUCUGGGACACCAGGAUACAUGGCUCCUGAAGUUAUGUGCAGACAAAACCAUGGGAUCGCUGCAGAUUAUUUUGCAGUUGGAGUCAUAGCUUAUGAAUUCAUGACUGGUAGGAGGCCUUACUUAGGAAGAAAUAGAAAAGAAAUCAAGGAACAAAUUUUAGCUAAGCAGGUUCAGCUUAAAAAGUCAGAUGUGCCUGCAGGAUGGUCGAUGGAAGCUGCAGAUUUUAUCAACAAAUUAUUACAAAGAAAAUCACAAAACAGAUUAGGCAAUAACGGGCCUUCUGAAGUCAAGAACCACGCAUGGCUGAGAGAUUUUCAAUGGAAAAAGCUUCUGGAAAAAUCAUUAGAAGCUCCAUAUGUGCCUCCGAAAGAAGAUAAUUUUGACUCAAGAGUGUGCAGCGAUUUUAAGGAUGAAAUUGAUCCAUCCUUAGCACAAGAAUCAAUACAGGGACUCUUUGUGGGAUACCAGUUUGAUUCUAAUAUGCACAACAGCAAAGAAGAUGAGGUAACUCUGCAAAUUAAAAACUAUGCAAAAGGCAACAAAAGAUUGUCAUCAUAG